CUUUUAACAUAGGUAACAUUUUAAAGUAUCACUUUUAAAAUAGGUAGCAUUUUAUGGUAACACAAAUAUAGAUGUUACCUUAUUUUUUGGAAAAACAAAAUAAAUAAAACAUUUAAAUAAAAAAAAAUACAAGUGUUAUUGUGUUAAUCCCCAAAUUUAUACCAAUUCAUUAAAAUAGCCAAUUAGCCGCCAAAGUUAAAAGAAUAUUUGGGCCAAAACCGCCAAAAACAAGAAGAAAAGUAUAUUGCAAUCUCUCAGAAUUUUACUUCAUCUUCAUUCCCAAUUCAACAACGAUUAGGUUUAAGCAAAAAUCUGUAAUUUCAUCUCCAUAAUUUCAUCAGAAGAUUAGUCUAUAAUUUCAUCUCCGCAAAAAUCCGUAAUUUCAUCUCCAUAAUUUCAUUAGAUAAUUUGUUCGUCUCGCGCAAUUUCAUCUGAAAUCAAGUCAUCUCGAGCAAUUUCAUCGUGAUAUUGGGUUUCAUUGUAUUCGUGCUUCUAAUUUCAGUUUUGAGCUGUGUGGUAUCUUGGUGCUCGGGCAGCAGGCGAGUUGUGUCGGCUUCACUGAGGAAGAAAGAUUUAGAUGGCAGAAUAUGAGAAACUUAGACAAAAAACUAUAGAACAAAAUAGAAUCAGGAUGAAGGAUUUAGGGGUUACAUCCAUGGCUUAUGAAAUGAAAUAGUUGAUGAAGGGAUCGAAACAAACGAAAAAAAGGAAGAAGGUGACUAAAGAUACUGACGAGUAUACACUUGAUGAAGAGGGUGAACUGAACCACUCAAGUGAAGAGGAUAAAAAUGAGAUAAGGAAAAACGCUGUAAACUUGAGAUCUCGUUCAAAGAAGGUUGUGGCAUUGAGAGGGAAGAUAACCACAAACACUAAGGACACGACAUGUGUCUCUUCAGUAUCAAUUGCUAAUCAAAUUAAGAUGCAUCUGCAAGACACUAAGAGACAACAAUUAGAUCAAGGGUUACAAGGGAGAGAUUCAACGCAAAGAAAAAUCCAAUUGGGCAAGUCUACUACACAGAAAAAAUCAGCAGUCCAUAAUCAGCAAGGGAAAGAGGUUGAGAUUGGGAAUGGUGUCCAAACUAAGACAUGGCAGAGUAAGACAGUGGUUGCCCUUGGUUCACUCAGUGCUUAUAGGCAAAUGCAAACACAAUUACGUGAAAAAGAGAGGAGAGCAAAACAAAGUGAUUUAUUACUAUGACGACAACUACGACCUAUUAACAUGACUAGUUCAAAGCCUAUUAACAUGGCUAGUUCAGAUUGGCAUUUAGGGAGUUCACAAGCACAAAGGUUUUUCACAACCACAAAGAUUUGGACAUGACUUACAGGAAGAUUAUGAGAAUCAUAUGGGUCCAAAUGAACGCAUUUUCGAACAAUAUGACAAUGAAGAAGAUGCUUUUAGUGAGGAUUUGAGUACUCUUACCCCUGAGGAGCUAGGAAUAAUGAAAGAUGUACCACUAAUGAAUCAAGAGCAAGAAAGUGAACAAAUAGCACCUCCAAAAAGUAAGCGAACCAGAGGACCAACUAUGUGUAAAGAUGUCCAUGAAUGGAAAUUAGAGGAGCGUAAGCCUAUUGUUCUUAAUGAAAUGGGAAAGCCUAUUGGUCUCGAUGAUAAGACUAUGAAUACAUUUACAAGAUUCUUAGGGACCUUAGCUCGUAAUUCUUCUCUAGCGCCGUUGAACAAGAUUAGUUGGCAUUAUGUUCCAGACAAGGAACAAAUUUGGAGUUACGUGAAGAAGAAAUGCAUAAUCUCGGAAAAAGGUAAAGAUUGUGUUUUGUCAUCCGUGGGAAGGUUGUGGCGUAGAUAUAAAUGUAGUGUAAAGGCAACACACUUUACUUUGUACGAAAAUGAUGGUGAUAGGUUGACAAAUUCACCUAAUACAAUUCCAGAAGCACAUUUCAAAGAGUUGCUAGAAAUUUGGAAUUUGGAACCAGUCCAGGAAGACGGCAAAAAGAAAAGGGAAAUAAGUAUAGAUAAAAAAGAUAGGCACACCAUGGGUCCUAUGACUUUAGCGAGGAAACAACAUAAAUUGCAACAACUAGAUGUUGAAAAAAAGCCACCAUCCUUAGCACUCAUGUACAAAGAAAGUCGUAAAAGGAAAGCACACAAGAAAUACAAAACAUCUUAUGAGCCCACCCAAAGUAACAUUAUGGAGGAGGUACAAAUUCAAAGUGAAAUUGAUGGAGAUGUUGCAUACUAUGAAGUAAUGAAUAAACCAAAUAACUUUGGCCAUAGAAAAAAUCAACCGGGGAUAUGUUCACUAAGGGGAAAGAGCAACAAUCCAAUAAUUCCCAAUGAGUUCUUAAAGCCCUAUAAAAACCAAAUUGUGAAAGAAACUGUAGUAGAAUUAAUGAAGACGCUCAAGCAAAUUGAUCCUGAAGUGUUGGAUACUUUGACUCGAUCAGUUGAAAAUGUGUCAUCCAAUCCAGAACUUACAGAUCAUAUUCCCAUUGUACUCUCUAAUGAGCAACAACAAAACGAGCUGCUUUGCUGCUGUUUUGCUGCUGUUUCGAGCUAUUUUGCUGCUAAUGCUAUCUCUGUUGCUGUUUUGCUACUGUUUUCAGCUGUAUUGCUGCUCUUUUGCUAUUAUUUUGCUGCUACUGUUGUCUCUGUUGCUUAAUCUUGCUCAUUUGGUUUGCUUCCACUACUCUGCUACUGUGGUUGCUGCCAACUCAUGUCUACUACUACUGGUUGCUGCCAAUUCAUGUCUGUUAUUGCUGGAAGCUUCCACUACUGUCUGCUACUGCUAGUUGCUGCUAAAGACUGCUGAUGACAUUUGUCAUUCUGCUAGCUAGCUGUGUAGCUACUGCUAUACGCUGUUAUUAUUAAUGUUUUUUUAUUGUUAUCGUUGUCUUUUUUGAAAUUUGGAAGUUUUUUGUUUUUCCUUACUUUUUCCAAGCUAGAGAUCGAACUUAAUAUUCUUUGUGUUUGGAUUAUUAUAUUGUUUGGCCAAACAUUUAAAUUGGUGUUUAUGGAUUUUUUUGUGAGAAAUAUGAAGGUAUUUCAAUCCAAAUUGUUUUUUAUUA